CGUCGUCCGGGGCUACCAUCGACUAGACAAUGUCAGAUCACUACUCCUCCUCCUACUUGAACUUUGACAAACAAGUUAGUGUCAUGGAGACGUGUCGGUCCCCUCAAUCACCAUGCGGAGGAUGGCGGAGGAAGUCCCAUCUAUCGCAGAGCAGAGCUCCUGGCUAUCCAGUUGGCUGCCCUCCUGGUGUCCCACUUCUUCUUCUCAAUUGAAAGACGCAGAGGAGAAAAUGCUCAAAAGCGUGAGGCAGCCCUUCUCCAGGCAGCACGUGCGCAUCUCCGGAGACAACUACCUGUGGACCCUGGCCUUCAACACCCUCCCUCAGCCCUCCCAGCAGCCGGCCCGGACCCGGCCCGGCCCCCCGCUGGUACUGCUCCACGGCUUCGGGGGCGGGGUGGCGCUCUGGAUCCAGAACUUUGACUCUCUGGCGGGCUGCGGGCCCGUCUACGCCCUGGACCUGCUGGGGUUCGGACGCAGUAGCCGGCCCCAGUUCAGCGGGGACCCGCGCGAGGCGGAGGAGCAGUUCGUGCAGGCCCUGGAGGAGUGGAGGCAGAGGGUGGGCCUGGAGGACAUGGUGCUGCUGGGACACAACCUGGGGGGAUACCUGGCCACGGCCUACACACUCAAACACCCACACAGAGUGAAGCACCUGCUCCUGGUGGAGCCCUGGGGGUUCCCGGGACGGCCAGACGGUCCUCAAGACGGCGCCAUCCCAGUGUGGAUCAGAGCGAUGGGGGCCUCCAUGAGCCCCUUCAACCCCCUGGCCGGGCUGAGGCUGGCCGGCCGACUCGGCCCCAUGCUGGUACAGACCAUCAGGUCGGACUUCAAGCAGAAGUACUCGUCGGUUUUUGAGGACCACACCGUGUCGGACUACAUCUACCAUCUCAACGCACAGACGCCCAGCGGGGAAACGGCGUUUAAGAACAUGACCAUCCCGUACGGCUGGGCCAAGCGCCCGAUGCAGGAGAGGGUGGGUCGCGUCCAGCCGGACAUCCCCAUCUCCUUCAUCUACGGGUCGCGCUCCAGCAUCGACAGUGACUCGGGCUCCGCCUUGAAGAGAGACAGGCCUGAUGUGCAAAUCAAGGUGAUUCGAGGAGCGGGUCAUUACGUCUUCGCUGACCAGCCGGAGGACUUCAACCAGACUGUGCUUGAAAUUCUUGCUGUUUACCGUACCGGGGCGGCUGUAGGGUCUGCUGAGGAGGACCUAUAGGACCUAUAAAGACCAUGCAGGCUUUGGGAUGAGCCAAUCGUAUAGCCCCCUCCCACCACCCUACUACACACAACAAAAAGACUAGCUCCUUCCCCUUUUUCACUAUGCUGCCUUUGCACCGCACAUUUGAGAGACAGAGAGUGCAUACGGAGAAAUCUAUUAUCUCCUGUACAUCGGACCCGUUCUUGGUAGUCUGUCUAAUCAACAGAAUUGGCGAUCGUGGAAACUUUGGGGUCAAAGUUCAGCACUGGAUUCGCAGCAAGAGUUGUUAGCGUGAGAGUCUUCGCGUGUAAAUGUGAUUUUGUAAAUAAACAUUUAGUGCAGUUGUUAUCUCA